ACCCACAUCUCGGGCUACUGGCUUACAGAUCCACGCCACUGCCUUGGUGCACUCUCAGUCCUUCAGAAUUGCUCAUGGGAAGACGAUUGAGAACAACGAUGCCACAGUCGACAGCACAACUCACCCCACACUGGGAUUAUCUGAGGAAUUUUCGUGAAGCAGAUAAUUUUUUCAAAAGUAAACAGAAGAAGAACUUUGACUCCAGACAUCGAGCUAAAGACCUGCCCCAAUUACAAAAGGACACGGAAGUCUGGAUAACGUCAGGUAAAGAGCCAGCUCAAGGGACAAUCGUUGGUCCAGGCCACACUCCACGAUCCUAUGUCAUCAAAACAGACAAAGGGGAGGUGAGGAGAAAUAGAGGACAUUUGAAAGCCAUCCCAAAGUUUGGCACUUCACUUGAAAUCGAAACUCCCCAGAAUACGGAAACUGGUCAAACAACACCAACCAGGCCACAAACGAGAAGCCAGACUGGUUGUCAAAUAAAGAGGCCGAUGAAACUCGACCUGUAAGGGGAGAUGUGGAGUGACUCUAUUAA